CGUGCAAGUUCAAUUUUGUUUUAUUUUUGUUUCGUUGGUGAUCCUUGUCGAUUGUACGUUUUCGUUUAAAGUGGUCGAUUUUAUACAAGCAGUUGCAAUCGAACAACUGAUAGGGAAAGUUCGUUUUUGAAACUUCAUUGGAUAUUUAUUCAAAAGACCAAAGGACUUGAUUGUGUGCGAAACAUAAUUGACAUUAUUAAAAGCCUUAACAUCAUCAAGUGUUAUUUCAAACAGUGAAUUUGCCAAGCGUUUAAAGGAAAUAAUUUGAAAGAAAAACAAAGACUAGAUUUGUAUUUGGUUUUUUACCGUUAAAUUCUUCAUUUUGAUUUGAUAACUCGUACGAACCGAAAUAGUAAAGAUGCCACCAAUUCCAAAAGCACCACCAAGCAUGCACGACCCAAAAUUAUUGUCGCGUACGCAUGCGUCUACACCUGAAGAUGACAUCGUAAUUACUGGAGUAGCGGGACAAUUCCCGAAUUCAAAAAAUGUCGAAGAAUAUGCGUAUAAUUUGUACAACAAAAUUGAUAUGGUUGACGAUGAGGAAAUUCGUUGGCGUCAUUUUAACGUUGAAAUUCCCAAGCGAAUGGGCAAAAUCUCCGGAUUGGAGAAAUUUGACGCCACCUUCUUUGGUGUUCAUUUCAAGCAAGCCCAUACUAUGGACCCACAAUGCCGUUUGCUCAUCGAACGAGCAUACGAAGCGGUCAUGGAUGCUGGAAUCAAUCCGAAAUCGUUGCGUGGCUCCCGCACCGGUGUUUUUGUUGGGGCAUGCUUUUCAGAAUCGGAAAAAACCUGGUUUUAUGAGAAAAUUUCAAGUAGUGGCUUUGGUAUUACGGGAUGUAGUCGUGCUAUGUUAGCAAAUCGUAUCUCAUACUCGUUGGGCUUAACUGGACCAUCAUACUUAUUGGAUACAGCCUGCUCUAGUUCGAUGUAUGCAUUGGACUGUGCGUUCAGUGCCAUUCGGAAUGGCGAAUGUGAUGCAGCUUUGGUCGGUGGUGCGAAUCUAAUUCUACAUCCUUAUGUUACGCUACAAUUUGCAAGAUUGGGUGUGCUCGCACCAAACGGUUAUUGUCGACCAUUUGAUGUCGAUGCAACGGGAUAUACACGUUCGGAAGCCGUUUGUGUCAUUUUCUUGCAAAAAGCCAAAGAUGCAAAACGAAUCUAUUCAACGGUUUUAUACUCGAAAACCAAUUGCGAUGGUUACAAACAGGAGGGUAUUACAUAUCCAUCGGGAGCUAUGCAACAGAAACUGUUAUCGGAAUUUUACGAUGAAGUUCAAAUUGAUCCAUCAACAUUGGCAUAUGUUGAAGCGCACAGCACUGGAACGGUGGUUGGUGAUCCAGAAGAAUGUCAGGCAUUGGAUAAUAUUUUCUGUAAAAAUCGUAAGAAACCGUUGCCAGUUGGUUCAGUAAAAUCGAACAUCGGUCACUCGGAAUCGACGGCGGGUGUAUGCAGUAUUGCAAAAGUGCUGUUGGCAUUUGAAACCGGGUUGAUUGCACCGAAUAUCAAUUUUACAAGAAUUCGCCCAGGCAUCGCAUCACUUGAAGAAGGACGUCUCAGUGUUUGCACCGAUGUGACCAAAUUGGAAGGAGAUUUAAUCGGUGUGAAUGCAUUCGGUUUCGGUGGAGCUAACGCUCACACAUUGUUGCGUCGUCAUUUGAAGGAGAAGAAAAAUCACGGUGUUCCGGAGGAUUCAUUGCCUCGAUUAUUGACAUGGUCGGGCCGAACGGAAGAAUCAAUCGAUGUUGUUUUCGAUCGACUGCAAUCAAAGCCACUUGAUAGCGAAUACAUUGGCUUGUUGCAUAACAUUCAAAGCGAAGAGAUACCUGGUUACAUUUUUCGUGGAUACUGUUUGCUUCGGCCAUCAGCUGAUGGCAAAACUACCGAUGUGGUUGCCAAGGAAAUGCAACAUUAUAACGGAUUGAAGCGUCCGGUUGUAUGGGUGUUCAGCGGCAUGGGAAGCCAGUGGAGUGAAAUGGGAUCAUCGUUUUUGGAAAUUCCAAUGUUCAAAAAUAGCAUUGAACAUUGUCACAAAGUUCUUAAGCCAUAUGGAUUGGAUUUGAUUUCAAUUAUUACGGCAAACGAUCCAACUAUGUUUGAUAAUAUUCUUCAUUCGUUCGUUGGUAUUGCAGCCAUUCAAAUUGCACUGUGUGACAUUUUGAAGGCGCUCGACAUUCCAUCCGAUUAUUUUAUCGGUCAUUCGGUGGGAGAAUUGGGGUGUGCCUAUGCCGAUGGAUGCUUUACGGCUGAACAAAUGAUUUUGGCCGCAUAUUCACGCGGUAUGGCCAGUUUGGAGACGAAGAAAAUCCGAGGUUCGAUGGCUGCGAUUGGCAUGAGUUUCAACCAAAUUCGACAAAAGGUGCCCGAUAACAUUGACAUCGCUUGUCAUAAUGGGCCAGAUUCGUGUACCGUUUCCGGGCCAGAAGCUGAAAUCGCUAAAUUUGUCGCUGAACUCAAAUCACAAGGCAUUUUUGCCAAAGAGGUCGCAUGUUCAAAUAUUGCUUAUCAUUCGCGUUACAUUGCCGAGAUGGGCCCAAAUCUUUUGGCUCGUUUGUCGAAAGUGAUUCCAGAACCCAAAAGACGCUCAUCCAAAUGGUUGAGCUCCAGUGUACCAAAGAGUCGGUGGGAGAGCGAAGAAACUCAGUGGAGCUCUGCCCACUACCACACAAACAAUUUGCUGAGCUCCGUUUUGUUUGAAGAAGCAUCGAGACACUUACCAACAAAUGCACUAACCAUCGAAGUGGCUCCACAUGGUUUGCUGCAGGCGAUUUUGAAGAAAUCACUUCCAGGCGCUGUAAAUAUUUCGCUUGCCAAGCGUGCCAACAAGGACAACGUUUCGUUCUUCUUGCAGGCACUCGGAAAAAUCUAUGCCAAUGGGUACACCGUUCCAGUGCAUCGACUGUAUCCACCAGUUCAAUUCCCAGUUUCACGUGGUACAUCAAUGAUUUCACCGUUGAUUCGAUGGGAGCACGGCGAUGAGUGGUUUGUUACCAAAUUCGAAUUGCAGCGUUCAACUCGAAGCGGUGAACGAAAAGUCAAAGUCGCUUUAAGUGAUCAAGACUAUGAUUUUAUCGUGGGACACACGAUCGAUGGUCGAGUUUUAUUCCCGGCAACGGCAUACUUACAACUUGCAUGGGAAACAUUGGCUUUGAUGAAAGGACCUAUUUACUUCGACAUGAAUGUAGAAUUUGAAGAUAUCCGCUUUUUACGUGCUACUGCCUUGACCAAAGGUCAAAUCAUCGAAUUCAAUGUCAUGGUCCACACUGGAACGGGCCAAUUUGAAAUUACGGAAAAUUCAACGGCAGUUGUCACUGGGCGCAUUGUUGAAAUCGAAAAAACGGGACCAUUGACCACACUACCGCCACUGCCACAAAGCAAUUUCCCAAUUAUGAAAGAACGUGACUUUUAUAAAGAAUUACGUUUGCGAGGCUAUCAUUAUUCAGGCGUCUUCCGAUCGGUACUUGAAGCACGAGGCGAUGGUCUAUACGGUAAAGUGAAAUGGGAUCUUAACUGGAUUUCGUUCAUGGAUUGCUUGCUACAAAUUAAUAUUUUGGCCAAAGAUUCACGAACUUUGCUUUUGCCCACGAGAAUUCAAAAAUUGCGCAUCAACGCUGAAGAUCACAUGAAUCAAUCGAUGGCAUUAGAUCCUGAAAAUCCGUUCUUCGAAGUGUUCGUGUGUCCUGAAUUGGGUAUUUUGCGCUGUGGUGGAAUCGAAAUCUUUGGCAUGCACACGAACAGUGUAUCGCGUCGUAAGGCGCCUGGCUAUCCAGUUCUGGAGACGUACAAAUACGUUUCAUACCUAUCAUCGCCCACAUUGCGUUUAGCAGAUGCAAUUCGUUGUCAAACCCAAAUCAUUUUGGAAAAUACGCCUAUGUUACGUGUCAAAGCUGUUGAAGUGGACUAUGAUAACAGUGCUACACCACUCUUACCCCAAUUCGAACUAGCCCUUAGCGAUUUGCCGUUGGUAACAUCGGAUUUGAUGAUCCUAACCGGUCAAGAUUUGAGCUUAGGCAAAAUCCAUGUGGAAGAUGGCAAAUUGUCAACACAAACCAAUUGCUUGAUGGUUGUUAGCAAAGAUUGCUUAUCACGUCACGAUUUCGUUGAAGGUGCUAUUAAGAGUCUACACGAACGUGGAUAUUUGGUAUCACGUGAACCAUCACAACUGACCGCUGCUGAAGCGGCACGCAACUGCCCGCCAGACUUUAAUAUUGUAUCCAUGUUACAAACGGAUAGCAACGAACAAUUGGUUCUUUUGCAACGCGCACAAAAACGUAAAGUCCUGAGAAGCGAACUCGUUAUUAAUAUUUCAAAUCCAAGCGAUACAACGACCGCUGACACCUACGAAUGGCUGGAUAAAUUGAAAUUAGCCAUUAAACAAACCAAGGGCCGUGUUAUUGUUGUAGCGCAAAAUAAUUCACGAUCGGGUAUUAUCGGUUUAGUGAAUUGUGUUCGCAAGGAACCCGAUGGCAAUAAAGUUGUGUGCGUUUUCAUUGACGACGAACAUGCACCACCAUUCGAUUUGCAACUCCCAUUCUAUCAAGAGCAACUUAGACUUGGUCUCGCUAUAAAUGUUUUGAGAAAUGGAACAUGGGGUAGCUUGCGACAUUUGGAAUUGAUACAAGAAAUUAAAUCAGCUCCACGAAACGAUCAUUGCUAUGGUAAUGUAUUGCAACGUGGUGAUCUGUCAACACUUUCAUGGCUUGAAGGGCCGAUCGAUGCCCGACGAGAACAUGAUGUCGUUCAAGUGCAAUAUGCAUCGAUCAAUUUCCGUGAUGUAAUGUUAGCCACCGGUCGUCUGUCGGCUGAAGUCAUCGGGACAAAUCGAUUGGAUCAAGAAUGUAUUUUGGGUUUCGAAUUCUCGGGCUUGAACAAAAAAGGUGAACGUGUCAUGGGCACAAUUAUUUCCGGUGCAAUGGCCACUCAAUUGGUACCCAACGAAUUUUUAACAUGGAAAGUACCGGAUCAUUGGACACUUCGCGAAGCUGCCACUGUUCCAGUCGUUUAUAUGACCGUUUACUGUGCAUUCUUUAUGUACAAUCCCAUUCGAAAGGGAAAAAAAAUCUUGAUUCAUGCAGGUAGUGGAGGCAUUGGUUUAUCAGCAAUCCGUGUUGCCUUAGCCUAUGGAUUGGAAGUUUUCACAACAGUUUCCACACCGGUAAAGAAGAAAUUUAUUAUGGACACAUUCCCUCAAUUGAAAGAGGAAAAUAUUGGAAACUCUCGUGAUUGUUCAUUUGAGAAAAUGAUCAAAUUGCGUACGAAUGGCGAAGGCGUCGACUUUGUACUGAACUCGUUGGCUGAAGAACAACUGCACGCUUCGAUCAGAUGUUUGGGACGCGGUGGAACAUUCUUGGAAAUUGGCAAAUUUGACUUGGCCAACGAUUCAAAGAUUGGUCUUGGUCCAUUCUUGAAGGAAAUCACGUUCCGUUCGGUGCUCGUCGAUAAUUUGUUUUCGGCCGAAGAAAAUGACAAAGUACAAGUCUAUGAAUUGGUAGAAAAAGAUUUGCGGCGAGGUGUCAUUCAGCCACUGCACUCGACCGUAUUUGAAGUGCAUGAAAUUGAAAAGGCCUAUCGUUUCUUGAGUACCGGCAAGCAUGUCGGUAAAGUCAUUUUGAAGAUCCGUGAAAAUCAAUACGACGAAUUUACGGUGCCGAUUGCGGCUAUUCCACGCGUUUACUGUGAUCCAAACUCGGUUUACAUCAUUCCCGGUGGUUUGGGUGGCUUCGGAUUAGAACUUGCUGAUUGGUUGAUCAUUCGUGGGGCCAGAAAAUUAGUGCUCAGUUCAAGCAGAGGCAUUACGAAGAGCUAUCAAUCAUAUCGCAUCAAAAUUUGGGAAGCCUAUGGAACCAAGAUCGUUGUGAACACAGACAAUAUCACGACUCGCGCUGGUUGCGAAAAGCUCUUCAAGGCGGCUCUUCAACUUGGUCCAAUUGGUGGUAUUUUCAAUUUGGCUGUCGUUUUGCGCGACAGCAUUUUGGAUAAUCAAACGGUUGAGAAAUUCGUGGAAUGCAUGCUGCCAAAAGCAACAGCCACUGAAUAUUUGGACGAAUUCUCUCGUAAAUUGGCUCCGCAAUUGAAACAUUUCGUCAUUUUCUCGAGUGUAUCAUGCGGCCGUGGAAAUGGUGGCCAAACGAAUUAUGGCAUGGCAAACAGUGUGAUGGAGCGUAUCAUCGAAAGAAGACACAGAGAUGGAUUGCCAGCGAAAGCAGUUCAAUGGGGAGCCGUUGGAGAAGUUGGUUUAGUUGCUGAUAUGGCUGAGGAUAAAAUCGAUAUGGAAAUCGGUGGAACGUUGCAACAACGUAUAAGUAGCUGUUUGAUUGAACUUGACGCACUGUUGACGACAGAGAAGGAGCCGAUCGUUUCGAGUAUGGUAGUUGCAGAGAAACGAAUUGGUUCCGAUGGAAAGGGCAACCUUAUUGAAUGUGUGUCAAAUAUCAUGGGCAUUCGAGACAUCAAGACCGUUUCUAGUACAGCCACUUUGUCGGAAGUCGGAAUGGAUAGUUUGAUGGCCGUCGAAAUUAAGCAAACAUUGGAGAGAGAAUUUGAAAUCUUUUUGACACCACAAGAUUUGCGUUCGCUUACAUUCACAAAAUUACAAGAGUACGCUGAUGCUCGUCAAACCAAAGAGGGCCAAGAAAACGUGAAAUUGAAGAUGGCCAGUGAAGAUCGUGUUACCGGUGUUCAAUUGUUGCUUCGUAAUUUGGGUGAUGAAGCAACUAGCAGAGAAAAGUUGUUGCGACUCAAUUCCAUCAACAAUGCCGAAAAAUUCGAUUCAUCGCUAUUGAUGAUCCCAGGUAUCGAGGGUGUGUCAAGUAUUGCAUGGAAAAAUAUUGCCGCUGGACUGAAUUUACCAACGUUCAUACUUCAACUAACGGAACAAUCGAAUACCCAAUCCAUCGCCGAUAUUGCAGCAUCUCUCUAUGACGAAGUCAAAUCGAAAGUGUUCAAAAAACAAGAAUUCUUCUACUUCGUCGGCUAUUCGUUCGGUUCAUAUAUCACGUUGGAGCUUGCGCGGCUCUUUGAGGCAGAUGGAAUGGCAGGACAUGUUCUUUUGAUCGAUGGUGCUCCCAACUUCUUGAAACACCUCAGUCUUGCCACGCUGGGAACAAAUCAAACCGUUACCGAUACCGCAAUUCAAAUGAUGUUGAUUCAUGUAAUUUGCCAGCAGGUCUUUCCCAACGAUAAUCCAGAUGAAAUUUACAUGAUUUUAUCCGAAUUGAAAACAUGGCCCGAAAAAGUCAAUCGUUUGGUUGAGUUUGGUGUUAAGGCAAACAUUGAAUAUUCAGAGCAAUAUUUACGCGAUAUGCUCGAUGCGUUGUUCACUCGCUUGAAAUUGGUGUUCAGCUAUGAAGAAGGCCAAAUUGCCAAACUCAAAUCGUCGAUCACAUUGGUUCGACCAACCGAAGUGGCGGUCGUCGAUAUUGACGAAGACUAUGAGCUAUCAAAACAAACAGAAGCCACCGUCAAUUUGAAAUUCAUUGAAGGCAAUCACACAACAAUGUUGGACAAUCAGAAACUGCAGCAAAUCAUCAACGAUGUUGAUCCAAAUCAAGCAUCCAAUCGCGACUUUAGCUCAUACAUUUGGUCCGGCAAAAACACAUAAUUGCAUAAAAUCACCUACUAUUACACAACUACUUCAUCUGAACAUUCUAACGCUACUUUCAAGACUGGAUCUCGACUCAACUUAUUGAAGAAGAAGAAAAAAACAGACCAAUAAACAUGAAAACAAUUCACGCACUAGAGUGCUUGGCUAUGGUUAAUUUGGAUUCCCUAAACAUGUACUCUGUUUUCAUUUUUGGUUUAACCAAAUAAAUCGCUUGAAUGAAGGAUUCUUUUUCGAAAAAUAAGGGUUGUUCAUUGGGUUUUAAGUUUUAUUAUUUUUACGUUGAAUGAAGUGAAUUAAAUGAAAAUUUUUUAAAUGAAUGAAAAUUGAACGUCGAGUUUUGAUUUUUACAAAUGAACAAUUCAUUGAAUUACAAUGUAACACAUUUUCCAGGAAUUAAAUUCUAUUUCAUUUCAUUUUUUGAUUAUAUGAUACACUAUUAAUAUUACGACGUUGAAGCAUUGACGCACACAACAAUUCGCACAUAAAAGUGACAAAACGCACACAAAAAUUACAAUUUGAACACAAAUUAAAAAUCAUAUUACUUAAACUUAUGUUUAAAUAUGUUAACGGUGAAAUGUUUUUAUAAUGGAAUAAAAAAUGAAGAAGUGGUUUCAAACAGAUGAUACCAUUAAUAAUGGUCCAUUACAAAUUGUAAUUUAUAAUCGUUUUCAAUGAUCACGGUCGCAGCAAGAACGUAUACCAUUAGCGACAUCUUGUCGGAGGGAUAGUAAUGCCCUGUAUGUUGGUCUAAGGGGUAGGAACACAAGCGCUUGAGACGAAUUCGUACGAAUAUUCGUGAAUUCUUGUGAUUGUGUAUACGAGACAUUCGCAGCGCAGUGAGUUUACAACAACAAUAACAAAGCCACGAACGCAUGAAUAUAUGCGAAUACAUACGAAUGACAUAACUUGUUUCUAGCCCCUAGAUGUUGGUGUACACUUGACCAUUUCUGUUAAACAUG